AUGAACCCAACAGACAUCGAACGAUGCAAGAAACGGAUUGUGCAGUAUAUAUGGGACCCCGAACCGAAGAACGACGAGGAGCCGGGGUCGCCAAUUUGGUGCUUGGGAACACGAUACCCCCCACCCGAACAGCGCAUCACCCCACAUGAAGGCCGGACACCAUCAUCGCAAGUGCACCAUAACGGGCGCCAGACAGACACAGCAAGUACAAGCACGCCCGACUGGCCGGAGCCGUUCCUCCUAGACUUCGAAUCAAAGAUAUGGAUGACAUAUAGGUCAAAUUUCACACCAAUAGCCAAGGACACCAGCCGCGAGGGAAAUCAGUCCCUGACGAUGGGCGUGCGGUUGAGAAGCCAAUUCAUUGAACCGCAAGGCUUCACAACUGACACGGGAUGGGGCUGUAUGAUAAGAUCAGGCCAAAGUCUACUGGCGAACGCAAUGGCCAUCGUGACACUGGGCCGUGGAUGGCGACGUAGAGAUAAGACCGAAGAGGAAGCGCAACUGCUCUCACUAUUUGCAGACACCCCGGACGCCCCGUUCUCCAUACACAACUUUGUCAAGUACGGAGCGGAGUUCUGCGGAAAGCACCCAGGGGAGUGGUUUGGACCAACCGCUACCGCCAGAUGCAUACAAGGCCUAUCAGCGAAUUACAGCCAAUCGACCCUUAAAGUUUAUAUCGCAGACGACAAUUCUGAUGUUUACCAGGAUAGAUUCAUCAGCGCAUCCAGCAACGAGCAAGGUAUUGUCAGCCCCACACUCAUACUGCUCGCACUCAGGUUGGGGAUUGAUCGAGUCACCACCGUCUAUUGGGAGGGGUUAAAAGCGGUACUACAAUUCCCACAAUCGGUGGGGAUUGCAGGAGGACGACCAUCUGCUUCGCACUAUUUUACUGCGGUCCAGGGAUCGCAUUUUUUCUACCUUGAUCCACAUAACACUCGCCCGACCCCGAACCAUACCAAAGGUGCCUACACGAAAGAUGAAAUCGAUACGUAUCACACUCGUCGAUUGAGGAGACUCCAUAUUCAAGAUAUGGACCCAAGUAUGUUAAUAGGAUUUCUAAUCAAAGACGAAGAGGACUGGGAGGACUGGAAAACUCGCGUCGCAUCUAUACAAGGCAAACCUAUUAUCAACAUUCUGAGCACAGGCGACACCACUCCCUGGCAAGGUCGGAGAGAAGCACUAGAUGAAGUCGAGACGUUCGACGAUGACGAAUAA